CGCACCGGCACCACCACUCACUCACUUUUCCCUCUCUCCCUGCCUUUCUUCCUCUGCUACCCAAACCCAGCAGAAGAAAUUUUAAAAACAAAAUAGAACCCUGAAACCCAUUUUUCAUCAUCACUUCCUUCACAAGGAUCGGCUGGAAGAUAAUUCAUAAUUUUGAUAUAUGGCAGCCUUUUCUUUCCAGCACCCUUUCCCUCAUCCUUUCCUUCUCGACUCUGUUUCACUUUCACCCCAUCAAAACAUUGCUACCACCGCUGCUACUUCUCCCGCCAAAUAUCUCAAUAAAAUCUCAUCACCAGCUGGGUUGUUCAUGGAGGAACCCGGGAGUAGCGCUGUUAAUUUCCCCCAAAUUUACCCCCCUGAAUUGUUCUUACUACACAGCAGCCAGAGCAGCAGCGGGUUUGAUGACCCUGCUAAUCAUAGUUUGCCAUUGCAGCAGCAGAACAAUCAUUACGCGUUUACCAGCAAUCACGACUGCAAUACUGUUAAUCACAACAAUCCUAAGGCGGCUGGUGGUAAAAUAGGGGGUGUGGAAGAGAGCAGGAAUAGCAAGGAGGAGGAGGAGGAGGCCUCUAGUUUCACCAGAAAACAGAGCACCGACGGCCAUUCUUCCAAUACAGAGGGCGGAGAGCAAGUCACUCAGUUCAAUGCCGCGCAGCCCACCGCCGCGGAUCAUACCAAGAAGAGGAAGAAGCUUUCCAGCUGUAAUAACCUUAGCAAUGGCUCCUCCCACGUCACUUCUGUUCCCCGCAAGCCCAAGGAGGCGAGAGAAGGAAGUAAGAGCAAGAAGAAGGCUAAGAAAAUCACUGAUGUUGAAGUAGAAGAAGAGACGAAGAAGCUGCAGCAGGGGAAAACAGGGGAUGAAAAGCAGAGCAAGAAAGAACAACAUCAGCAGAGGAGGAAGAAGAAAGGUGCUGACAAGGAACGACCACCCACUGGCUACAUUCAUGUCAGAGCUAGGAGGGGCCAAGCUACUGAUAGCCACAGCCUUGCCGAGCGGGCAAGAAGAGAGAAAAUCAGCGAGAGGAUGAAGAUGCUGCAGCACCUGGUUCCAGGCUGUGACAAGGUAAAUGGGAAGGCACUUAUGUUGGAUGAGAUCAUUAACUAUAUUCAGUCCCUUCAGAAUCAAGUUGAGUUCCUUUCCAUGAAGCUGGCUACUGUCAAUCCACUUUUCUAUGACUUUGGAUUUGAUCUUGAUGGGUUCAUGGUCCGACCAGAGAGAUUGAGUAGUAAUGUGGAGGUAUCGACGCCCCUGCCAUCGGGUCAGCAAUGCAACCCCACCACCACCGCCGCCGCCGUCUCUGUUGCGGUUUCCUCCGCCGCGGCAAACAACUGCUACCAUCUUCUUAUUGACACUAUUAGGCCGGGGGCUUUCUCUCAGUCUCAGGAUAAUGGUGGCAACCUGUUGUGGGAUAUGGAGGAAGAGGGAAGCCAUAGACUUGUUAAUGAGUCAGGGUUUGGAAUUGGAUCCACCACCAACGACAACAACAACAAAAACAAAUUUUGUUAGUGAAGGGGGAGGCGGGCGGCAGCGGCAGGAGGUAGACGAUAACACACGGGACAUAGGGAAAAAAAAAAAAAAAAAAACAACAACCACAUCAUAUGACCCAAAAUUCCAUUUCCAUAUCCCUUGGUUAGUGAAGUUGUUAAUUACUCUCCUUUUUAACCUCCCAAACCCAGUUGUUAAUUUCAUCCCACUCUGUAUUAAUUUCCAAGGUUGUUGUGGUUAUGGGUUUUGAGGGGCAGCUUAUGUUAAAUAGAAUACUAAAAGCAGCGUAGCAACAUCUUCCUUUUCCCAAGAUAGCAAUAGCAUUAUUACAGAGGAGUAAGACUAAUUUGUGGAUUCAUAUAGUUAUUCUGUUAUUACAGUUAUCUUUACUGAUGAGAGAGAGAGAGAUUGUGGCUAGAUAAUACCUCUGCUAUGGAUUCUGUAAUAUAUUUUUUUUUACAUGCCUAGUUGUGCAUUUGUUGUUGGUAUGUUUUAGUGUUGUACUAUUAACUAGCACAAAGCAUGAAAUAUAUUUAUUUUUAUAUCUUAAGUUUUAAAUAAAUGUGUGAAAAAAGUAGUUCAUUUGUAUUGUUAACUUUUUGAAUGUUUGUCUCCUUUGGAAAAAUUUGACCCAAAUAAGUUUGUGUUUAUGUCUUGUUUGAAAUUUAUGAUAGACACGAAUAGGGCUGGACAAUCGGUUAGUGGUUAACCAAUCGGUUAUAAUCAAAACUGGUCGGUUAUACACUAACUGAAAACCGAGAUAAUCGAAAGUUGGUCGGUGUUCGGAGGUUGGGCUAGAUGGUUUUUGUAUUGGGAGACGGUUCGGUUAACUGAGAACCGAGAUAACUGAAGCCUUAAGCCCUCUUUCGGUCGGUGGUCGGUAGAGUUAGGAGGUGGUUUGGUUAACCGGUAACCAACCCUUCAGUUUUUGAUUAUAACCGAACCGACCGGCCCUCUACCUUUAGACACGAAUAAUAAAAAUUGUUGUUGAGUGGUACCGUUGUUGAAUGUCAAAUCAAUUGCAUACUUGUGGAGGAAGUGACGGUAAACUAAUAAAGUACUUUGCUAACAUCACGGGUCGUGACAUUGAUAGCCCGUCGUAAUCUCGCCCGAAGACGCAGCUUGUUGUUGCCGUUUUAGUCCACCUUCAUGGUCAUAUGGAAAUCAUCAUGGUUAGGUGACCGCGACAAUUGACUUGCCCGCAAGGCAUACAAAACCUCCAGUUCCUUAGCAAUUAUCAUGGUCGUCGUUCAAUCUUCACGGGCUAGGGACCGUAACAAAAUCUCUCAGCACGUGAUCUCAGCACUUUCCUCAUACUUUGGCAUUUUUUCAGCCUUCAUUCAUCCCAAAAUUCGUCCUCGACCUUCCCUCGUAUAGUAGGACCUGAAAUAUAAAAAGAUGAUAGAACCUAGCAUAAAAUAGAUUGAGAAACGAUGAAUUCCAAGUCAAACAUUCAAGAUAUAAGGGGUGAAAACAUCUAUAUCUAUCUAUCUAUCUAUCUAUAUAUAUAUAUCUAUAUCUAUCUAUCUAUCUAUACUAAAUAUUAUGGCUAUUCAAAAAUAACUUCUUGCCACAUAAGCACUUGGUGAAUGCACAAGUUGCCAAGGUGGACAAUUUUUUACAAACAAAAAACUAUUUAUUGAUCUAUUUAUGAAACUAUCUCUCUUCUUUUAAUAAUUCUACUCAUUUUUACUAAAAUUAAAAUAAGUUAAUUAUUUAGGAAACAUUUAAACAAAAAAACACAUACAUAAGUAAUAAUUUUUUUUUUUCAAUUAAACAAACUAUAAAGAUGGAAAUAGAGAGUGACAUAUAUCGUAUUUGUUUAACCCAAGCUGAUUAAAUCCGAUUAAGUAAAUUUUCUACUCAUUUUUACUAAAAUUUAAUAAUAAGUUACAUUUUGAUGAGAGAAAAAAAAACAAGCACACACAUAAAUAAUAAUAUUUUUCAAUUAAAAAAAUAUAAACGAUGGUCUAAGAGAAAAUAAGCGUUUAAUAAUCAA